UACAAUGUGACAGUGCAAAAAUGACUGCGACAAGCUUAUUGUUUGUCGUAAAUUUAUUAGCGAUAAUAUUUGUUAAAGUUUCCUCAGAGAAUGUUCAAGUAACUACAAAUGAAGGUACGAUCUUAGGAACGACUUCAUUAUCAGAAAAAAACAAAACGAUGUACAUGUUCCAUGGUGUACCAUUUGCAGAACCUCCUAAAAGAUUCGAGCUCGCUGUUCCAAAAUCUAAUUGGACUGGUGUUUUAAACUGUACGUAUGAAAGGGACCAAUGUGUGCAAGGAAUUGGCAUAGUGGAAGGUUCUGAGGACUGCUUAUAUUUAAACAUAGCUAGUCCAAAACUAAAUGGAAGAGCUCCCGUUCUUGUGUGGAUCCAUGGGGGUACUUUCAAUGCUGGAAAUGGAUCUUUAAUAACAUAUUCACCUGAAUUAUUUUUGGAAGAAGGCCUAGUGGUUGUAGGUAUUCAGUACCGAUUAGGCGUCUUCGGAUUUUUAAGUACGGGAGAUCUGACCUGCCCAGGAAACUGGGGACUAAAAGACCAAACUCUUGCUUUGCAAUGGGUUCAACGGAAUAUAGCACAUUUUGGAGGGGAUCCCAAACGAGUUACAAUUUGGGGAGCAAGUGCAGGUUCAGCGUCUGUUUCUUUGCAUUUAAAUUCUCCAAGAUCUAAAGGACUAUUUAGUGGGGCUAUUAUGAACAGUGGCGUUUCUUUGUGUUUAUGGGCAUUAUCAAGAACGGGUAAUGAAUUGGCUCACAACACUGGAACCGCAUUGGGUGUAGGAUCCGCAAACUCGAGCCAGUUAAUAGAAAACCUAAAAAAAGUUGAUUAUGCUAGUCUACAAAAUGCUUCAGCUAUUUUAUCUGUAACGACGUUCAACAAUUUCCCAUUGAUUGGUAUCGCCCUAGGACCAGUUAUAGAAGUUCCACAUCCAACAGCUUUCUUGACCGUUAAAAGUGAUAAUGCCUUAUUAUCAGGACAGUUCACUCGAGUUCCAAUACUAGCGGGACAUACUUCAAAUGAACUUGGGAUUAUGGCCCCAGCAUUAUUUUCCGGUUCUAUACCAACAUUACAAACAGAACCAAGAAAACUAGUACCUGCAGAUAUAAUUUCCAACAAAAAUCUGACGGAAGCGGGAUUGAAAAUCAGAAAAGAAUUUUUUGGAAAUGCACCAAAUAUUACAAUGGACAGUCAUUUAAUAAAUUUCUUUAAUAUUGAUCUGUUUUUCCGACCUAUCCAUAGAUUUGUCUCUGAUGUUAAAAAAUAUGUUCCCAAUACGUAUUUGUAUCAAUUUAGCUACAAAGGAGAUGUUGAAAAGAUACUUGGAUUUAAUUUUUCAGGUGUUGUUCAUGGUGAAGACGUAGCCUACCUAUUUAAGGUUAAUCUUCCAUUUUCUAAGAAAGACUUGAACGUAAGAAAUAAAAUGGUUAAAGUGUGGUCCAAUUUCUGCAAAUACAGUAAACCCAUUCCUCUCCCAACCUCAAGCUUGGACAGCGCUCUUUGGUUACCGGCAUCCAUCACUCCAGGUCCAUUAUUAUUUAACAUUGAUUAUAAAAGUGGAUUUAUUUUAAACCCGUAUUUAAAAAAAUUGAAGUUCUUUGACAACCAAAUAUAUAAGAGGUAUGGACAAGGAGUAUAUGAUACUUAUUAACUUUUUAUGCAAAUAUAAUAAUUAAUGUAAAUGUGAAUAAAUUAAAGAAGUGAGAUUAGGAUCCUGUAAAAUAUAAAAUAAAGGUUCUAAGAUAGAGUAA